UUCUUGUUCAGAAGCGAGCUGGCGCACAUGGCACCUCACCGUGCAAACCUACCGCUGCUAGCCGUGGUACUCCUCUUCUGGCUGGCGACAAUGGCCGCGGCGGCAGACGGCAGCGGCGCCGGCGGCGGAAAGACGACGACGACGACGCACCUCCACUUCUACAUGCACGAGUUCUUCACGGGCGGGCCGAACGGCACGACGGCCAGGGUGGCCCCGCCGGUGGUGAGCCGCGGCGGCGGCGGCUCCGGCUCGCUCUUCGGCCUCCUCAGCGUCGUCGACGACGCGCUCCGGGAGGGCGCCGACCCGGCGUCCCGCCUCAUCGGGCGCGCGCAGGGGCUCGCCGCCGGCACGUCUCUCGCCGACGGCUCCGUGACGACGAUGCUCGACUUCGUGUUCACGGAGGGCCCGUACAAGGGCAGCACGGUGGCGGCGUUCGGCGUGGGGCUCCCCGGCGCGGCGAUGGAGCGGCCGGUGAUCGGCGGCACCGGCGCGUUCCGGAUGGCGCGCGGGUACACGGUCAGCCGGGUGGUGCCGACGGCGGACCCGAACAACCAGCUCAUCCUCGAGUACGACAUCUACGUCUCGCAUUAAUUAGCGGCUAAUCACUGCAUGCGCUUGAUGACAUAAUCUAGUUCUAUGGCUUUGACUCUGUGUCCUUAGAUCCUAUAUAUCUUAUACAUAUAUGCAUUCUCUUCUUCCAAAUUAUAUAUGUAAUUGAGCUGUAAUUUUGGAUUGUGUUUGUGUUGAUCAAUCUAAAUAA